GUCGAAACAAAUUCUUGCUGGCAACGCCGUACUCGCCACCGAAACAAGUGACGGCCGACAAUUACCAGGCAAGCAGUUCUCUUUAGCUUUUUUACUGUUUCGUCCUUUCUUUCCUGUUUGAGCCUUCUAUAUCAAAAGGCAAAAUGGCUCAACGGUUAACUUAUCGGAGGCGCCUCUCGUACAACACUGCAAGCAACCAACGUCGCAUUGUGAGAACGCCUGGUGGACGUCUUGUAUAUCAAUACAAGAAGAAGCAAAGGAAGAUUCCAAAGUGUGGUAUGUGUAAGACCACCCUGAGAGGAAUCCGGCCAGCCAGAGCUCAUGAGAGGAAAAGGAUGUCAUUGAGGCAAAAGAAAGUAUACCGUGCAUAUGGAGGAUGUCUGUGUCACAGCUGUGUCCGGGAGAAGAUUGUCAGAGCAUUCUUGAUUGAGGAGCAGAAAAUAGUAGCCAAAGUGCUGAAGGCUCAGCAGGCUGCUGUGAAAUCUUCUAAAGGCAAAGUUUGAUACCUUUUCCGAUGAUGUGUGGGUGUAGAUUAAUACACCUUGUGUCAUGUGGUA